UUUACUUCCUGUUUGUGUCGCAUGAGGGGGAGAGGCCUUCGGUUCAUUUCAGGCCUCGCCCCCAUGGAACACGAGGUGGAGGUGGAAGUGGAGGUGGACGAUGGGGAGCUAUCAGUGUCCAGGCCAGCUGCGGCGUCACCGGUAGUGUGGGCCAGUCCAGCUUUUCUUUUCAGGCUGGUACUGUCUCUGGCCCUACUGGUGUUCCCAUGCCCAGCUGUGGCAGCCAGAGUCUCCUCCUCUCUCAGCACCACCCACCAUGUUCAUCACUUCCAUAACAAGCAUGGCACUGCGCCCAUUGCCAUCAACCGGAUGCCCUUUCUUACACGUGGGGGUCAUGCUGGGACAACUUACAUCUUCGGCCGAGGCGGAGCCCUCAUCACGUACACCUGGCCACCCAAUGACCGGCCGAGCACACGGGCAGACCGGCUGGCAGUGGGCUUCAGCACACAGCUGAAGGAAGCCAUUCUGGUCAGAGUGGAGAGUGCCAAGGGACUGGGAGAUUACCUGGAGCUGCACAUAGAACGGGGAAAAGUCGGCGUGAUCUUCAACGUGGGAACAGACGACAUUACCAUCGAGGAGAGUGCGGUAAUGGUGAGCGACGGCAAAUACCAUGUGGUGCGAUUCACACGCAGUGGCGGCAACGCCACUCUGCAGGUGGACAACCAGCCAGUCAUUGAACGUUUCCCCUCAGGGAACAUUGAUAAUGAGCGCCUGGCACUUGCUAGACAAAGAAUCCCCUUCCGAUAUGGUCGGGUAGUUGACGAGUGGCUAUACGAAAAAGGUCGGCAGCUGACCAUCUUCAACAGCCAGGCGUUUAUUAAAAUUGGUGGUGGAGAAAAGGGGCGGCACUUCCAAGGGCAGAUCUCAGGUCUGUACUACAAUGGCCUGCAGGUGCUCAAACUGGCCGCUGAGGGUGACUCCAACAUCCAGAUUCAGGGAAACCUGAGGCUGGUGGGCGAUGUGCCCUCUGUGCUCACCACUGACACCACCUCCACCACCCCACUGGCUGAUAUGUCCACCACUAUCAUGGAGACAACCACCACCAUGGCCACGACCACCACCCGCAAGCAGCGCUCUGCAACAACCAUGAGGGACAGCGUAACACAGAAUGCAGAUGACCUCUUGGUAGCUUCGGCAGAAUGUUCGAGCGAUGACGAAGAUUUCGAGGAGUGCGAGCCUGGAAAUGGAGGUGAAUUAGUGUUGCCCAUUAUAACGGUGGAUUCCCUAGACCCCCCAUCUAUUGCCACUCACUACCCAGUACUCCCCCCGCCCCCCACCACCUACCGUCCCUUCCUCACCUUGCUUGAAACCACCAAAGAGUCUGUCUCCUUGCCCAAUGGUCGGCCCCCCUGCCCCUUGGACCAAGAGGACUGUGAGGAGACCAUUGAGGUGUCGGCUUAUGGUUCUGGGGAGAUGACUGAGACAGAUGACGAGGACUAUUAUAAAAACUUCGCCCUGGUCACUGAUAGGACUGUCCUCCCUCCUCCCCCAGCAGUUGAGGGUGGUGUUCAGAACCCCCAAGACCGCCAUUUCUCUCAGUACCCCAUCUCCCACCGCCCACCUUUCUCCUCCACCCCCACCGCAAACCCAGACCAACUCAAUCCUCACAUCAAGCCAGCUGCUGGUGGCAGCAGCAGUAGUAGCAACAAUAUCCCUGCAGGCAAAAUGAACAACCGGGAUCGGGUGCUGCUGCCACCAGCCCACCCCUCGUUAGAUCCGGGCCACCGCAGAAUUCCAGGAAUAACCUACCCCCCAAAUUUCCCCCAUGUUCCUACUCCAGAUCCUACAUCUCCUGAGAGAGGACUUCCUGGCGCCGUCGAGGUGCAGCAGUCCAGCAGCACCACUGGGAUGGUGGUGGGCAUCGUAGCCGCCGCAGCCCUCUGCAUCCUUAUCCUGCUCUACGCCAUGUACAAGUACCGCAACCGAGACGAGGGCUCCUAUCAGGUAGACCAAAGUCGCAACUACAUCAGCAACUCGGCAACACAGAGCAACGGGGCUCUGGUAAAGGAGAAGCAACCCAGCACUGCCAAAACUGUCACCAAGAACAAGAAGAACAAAGACAAGGAGUACUACGUCUGAGGAAGUGCUACCAUUGCAGAGACACACAGAAGAUGCACUUAGAUAAGGAAAGAGGCAAGAGAAAGAUGGAGAGAGAGAAGGCAGUGCCUCAACAGCAAACACAAACUGGCUAAAUUAUUUUAAACUCAGUAUUGUCACGAAGCUAUUUAAGUUACCUUUAAUUACUCUUAUCAGAAAUAGGCAGUAAAGGAAGAUGGCAUCAUACAACGUUCAGACCUUUGUUUAUUGCUUCUAAUAAU